CCACUGCUGGAGUUGACUUCCGCAAUCCUGACGGAAUAAAUCUAGCACCCUUAGUCUUCCGCUCACAGUAGCCACACUUCCUGCCUGAAAGGAGCCGAGACAACAGAUUUUCAACAGCAGGAUGUGGGCGUUUAAGUUUCUGCUUCUACCCACGGUGAGCUUUGCUCUGUACCCUGAGGAAAUGCUGGACUCGCAGUGGGAGCUAUGGAAGAAGACGCACAGGAAGCAGUAUAACAGCAAGGUAGAUGAAAUCUCUCGGCGUUUAAUUUGGGAGAAAAACCUGAAGCAAAUUUCCAUCCAUAAUCUUGAGGCCUCUCUCGGUGUCCACACAUACGAACUGGCCAUGAAUCACUUGGGCGACAUGACCAGUGAAGAAGUGCUUCAGAAGAUGACUGGACUCAAGUUACCACCCUCCGGUUCCCACAGUAACGAUACUCUCUACACCCCAGAGUGGGAAGGCCGAGUCCCAGACUCCAUUGACUAUCGGAAGAAAGGAUACGUUACUCCAGUCAAAAACCAGGGGGAGUGUGGUUCCUGUUGGGCUUUUAGCUCUGCAGGUGCCCUGGAGGGCCAGCUCAAGAAGAAAACUGGCAAGCUCUUAAACCUGAGUCCCCAGAAUCUCGUGGACUGUGUGUCUGAGAAUAAUGGCUGUGGAGGUGGCUACAUGACCAAUGCCUUCCGGUAUGUGCAGGAGAACGGGGGCAUUGACUCUGAAGACGCUUAUCCCUACGUGGGGCAGGAAGAAAGUUGUAUGUACAACGCAACAGCAAAGGCAGCUAAAUGCAGAGGGUACAGAGAGAUUCCCGUGGGCAACGAGAAAGCCCUCAAGAGAGCAGUGGCCCGGGUAGGGCCCAUCUCCGUGGCGAUUGACGCAAGCCUGCCGUCUUUCCAGUUUUACAGCAGAGGUGUGUACUACGAUGAAAAUUGCAACUGCUAUGAUGUGAACCACGCGAUGUUGGUGGUAGGCUAUGGCGUCCAGAAGGGAAACAAAUACUGGAUAAUUAAAAACAGCUGGGGAGAAACCUGGGGGAACAAAGGAUAUGUUCUCUUGGCUCGAAACAAGAACAAUGCCUGCGGCAUCACCAGCCUGGCCAGCUUCCCCAAGAUGUGAUCCCGGCCAGCGACCCGGCCAGCGACCCGUCUGCUCUCCCCUUCCUUCUCUGAUGGUGCAAGAUAACGGUGUACUUCGGAAGGGAUUCGCAUGCCCUCCUGCAGUGGAAGCAUCCAUACUUGACUUCUCCUCUCCGGUGACAGCGGGACUUCGUCCUCUCAGCCAGGGCUCUUCUCUCUGUGGACGGACGCAACAGGACAUUGUCUGCGAGUUGAGGGCUCUUAGGCUGAGGUGUCUGUACCGAAGGACCCUGGAGGCCUCCAGCAGGCUAGAGGCCUACGGUGGCCUUCCCAAGUCCCUGGCUUCUGCACGCUCCGGAGCACAUUCCUGUCUUCCGCUGGGAUUCUCAAGUCUAUUCAUAAUUCUUCGACAAAUUUACACAACAUAAGAAGUGUGCGUUUGUUUCCUUCUUUGCGUUUGAAAUAAAGUAUCUCAUUUACAAUUUAAUAAAUCACAUGCAUUCACGCUCA